AUGAAUGCAUAAAUAAACAUAAUAAAUUUUGAUUAAAUACCAUUGGAUAUUCUUUUUCACAUUGUGAAACACUUAGACCCAAAAUCAAUAAUCUAAUUAGUAUUAGUAUCUAGAAAUACUAGGCUAAGAGUAGGAUAAAUAAUAAAUAAAUGUAUAAAUGAAUAAAAAAAAUACUAUCAGUUUAUUAAAGAGUAGAGCCUUUAUGCUGAAAAUUACUUUUAAUACAAAGAGCUGCUUUAAUAAAGCAAAAUAUUUUUAGAUGAUUCAAUUUAUGCUAAUUUCGUUGGUUUAAUAAAUUAUAGUAACAAAAAUUACUUUGUUAACUUUUUUAGUGCUGUAUUUAAUUUUCCUAUUAGGCUAGAUGUAGAUAUGUUAGAAAAGAAGAUAGAACUUAUCAAUAGGCAAUAAGAUGUGUUUGCAUCACUUAUUUUGCUUUCUUAAUGCUAAUCUGUACCUAAAUUAGAAAAUAAACAUAUAUUUUUAAAAUGCUACGACGAAAAACUAGAAUAAAUAAUUGGCUUUGUUAAUAAAUUUCUGUCUAAAAUAGCAGCUUUACACAAAAUGAACAAUCUGUUAGAUGCUUUAAUUAUUUUCUAGUAAUAAAAAUGGUCAUAUCUUAGGACAUAUCAAAAAAUAAUGACAAUUUAAAUGAAAGAGUAGUAUUAAUAAAAAGUUUAUUACCUUAAAUUUGAAAAAGAAUAUCAUAAAAUAAUUAAUUUCAACAUCAAUUCUGUUGUGCUAUCUUUCUUGGAUAUUAAAAAUUUAUAAAAACUCAGAUUUGUAGAUAAAAUGUUCAAUUCUUUAGUCAAAAACAUUUCGUUAAUUAACUACAAACAUUAUUAUAAAAAUAUUGAAGUAAUUUAUAAUCAACUCACUUAACAAAAAGAAUUUUAUGAUUUAUAUUUGCUAAUGAUUUAGAAUAGGAAAAUAAAAAUGACUAUGUAUGAGUUUAUGACAAACAAUUUAUCAGUUUAAUUUCCAAUUUAAGUUGAUAAAUUAUUUAAUAUAUUUCUUACUUGUUUAGGAUACUCAACUUAGGAUGUGACUAUAUAAUAGUUCUAAAAUAGUUCAAGAUUGUAUACUUAAAUAUUUGAAAAUCCUUAAUCUAUUUAAUUGAAUGAGUCAACCUAUAGUAUUCUUGAACAAUUCUUCAAAGAAGAGAAUGUAUAAUAGAUAAAAGCAUUUAACAUUUUAAGUAAUAAAAUUUGCACUCAAUUAGAGUUUUUGUAUUUGACUAAGAAAUAUCAAAUAUCUUAAAAAGAAAUGGAUUGUUAUUGUGAAAAAAUUAAAUAAAUAACAAAUAAAAUUGAUUAUGCCCUUAAAUUUAGGAAUUAUUCAAAAAUUAUAAAAAACUCAUGA